AUGGGACAGAUUCUCAAUAAGAUUUUUACAUCAGCAGACGACAAUUUAGAAACAUUUUCUCUUCUUUGGCUCGAUGGUUCGGUUAACAAGUCUGACAAUCUUCACGCUCAAGAAGAACUUCGAACAACAAUCCAUCAACUAAAAACAUUUGAAAAACCUGAUAAAUGUUUAGAAUACAUAUACAAUGUGCCAAAAGAAGAUCGAAUUGUUUUAAUUGUUAGUGGACAGUUAGGCCGAUCUAUAGUGCCUAAUAUUCAUUCUAUUGAACAACUCUUAUCCAUAUAUAUUUAUUGUUAUGACCAAAAUUCAAAUGAACAAUGGUCUAGUAAAUAUCGAAAAGUAAAAGCUGUUGUUACAAAUGUAAAAGAACUUAUUGCGCGAAUUCAGUUCGAUCAUGAAAAACAGCAACAAAAUAAAAUUUAUGAGUCAUUACCAAUUAGUAUUUUCGAUCCAAAGAUUGUUCAUGAAAAACUUACAGCUGAUCUUCAAGGUCAUCUUGUUCAUUCACAAUUACUAAUUAAUUGUCUUCUUCAAGUGAAAUCAGACGUUAGUGAUAAGAUGGAAUUGAUAUUAUUUAGUAGAAACAUAUACAAAAAGAAUCGAACUGAAAUGAAAAUUAUUGAUGAAUUCGAACAAAAUUAUUCAUCAGACCGGGCUAUUUGGUGGUAUACCAGAGAUUCAUUUCUGUUUCGACUAUUAAAUAAAGCUCUUCGAACACAAAAUAUUGAUAUUUUAUUUUUAUUUCAAUUUUUUAUUGUUGAUAUUCGACAACAACUCGAAAAAUAUCGAUGUAAAGUACAAACAAUCGCCUAUCGAAGUCAACUAAUGUCAAAUAAUAAACUUAGAAAGUUGAAAAACUCUGUUGGACAAUUCAUCUCGAUUAAUUCAUUCUUUUCAGCUACUAUGUUUGAAGACAAAGCUGUUUCAUAUCUUCCUAAUUCUGAUGGACUCGAAAGAGUUUUAUUCGAAAUUGAAGCUGAUCCUAGAGUCAGCAGUGAUAAACCAUUUGCUAAUAUCAAAUCACUAAGUUAUGAUCAAGAAGACGAAAUACUUUUUAUGUUAGGAUCGAUUUUUCAAAUCGUUCAAGUUUGGUCUGAUAAUCAAGAAAUAUGGCGAGUUCGAUUAAAAUUAUACUCUGAGAAGAGUGAACAAAUUGAUUUAAGUCGUGACAAAAAUCAACUUCUUUCAUUUGGUCAUGUACUUAUGACAAUGGGUAAAGUUGAAGAAGCAAAGAUUUAUUAUCAACGUUUACUUGAUGGAUUAUCAUAUGAUCAUCCAGAUAGAGCUCGUUGUUAUGAAGCACUUGGAAGUAUAGCUGAUGAACAAGAUGAUUAUGAGACUAGUCUUAAAUUAUACAAUGAAUCUCUUAAUAUCAAUAUAAGCAAAGGAGGUAGACAAGAUUCAGAUGCUGCAUCGAAUUAUAAUAGUAUUGGAGAAAUUUAUCGAAAGAAAGGUGAUUAUGUUAAAGCACGCGAAUAUUAUGAUAAAGCAUUAGAAGCGUUGGGAAAAGAUCCAGCAGGUAAAGCGCUUGCAAAACAAGCUGUAUGCUAUAACAAUAUUGGUAUUGUCUAUCAAGAAAAAAAGCAAUACAACGAAGCACUUGACUAUUAUAACAAAGCAUUUGAAAUACGCAAAAAGUAUUUUCCAUCUGAUGAAACAUCUUUAGGCAUGUCGUACAAUAAUAUUGGCAAUGCUUAUUAUUUACUUAGACUUUAUGAAGAUGCGAUAUUUUAUUAUCAAGAAGCUCUCAAAAUCUAUAAAAAAACUCUUCCUCCACAACAUCCAAAAUUUGCAUCCACUUAUAAUAAUAUAGGUGCAAUCUAUGAUGACGGGGGAAAAUUCAAUGAGGCCUUAGUAUUUUAUAGAGAUGCAUACCAGAUCUAUUGCAGUAUAUAUCCUGCUACGCAUCCGAAUGUAAUCAAAAUAAAAGAAAACAUUCAACGUAUUGAGUCAAAAAUGAAAAAAUAA